UGGCGGGAUGCUGGACUUGGCGCAGCGCUGCCUCCGGGACCCCCGCGGCCUGAACGGAAGCACCGAGUCACAGUGUGAGGAGGAGGAGGCGGAAAAUGAGUCGGCGGGUAGACGAGGAAAAAGAGGAACCGGCCUUCCCGCUUCUUGUCCAGCUGCGCUCGGGGCUCGAGUGUCAAUCGACUCGACGGGUUCGGUCGGGCAGCCAUGUUCGGGAAAAGCACCGGGGACGUGUCCAUGCUCGCAACCGCAAGCAGGCGUCAUGCCCAAUGGGCGUGCUGACGGUUGCGCCUCGGACCGGCCGCAGGCGGUCGUCAACGGGGACUGUCAUGCCGCCACCGAGGUCCGAGACGACCGCAGUGACCGGCCCGUCUCCGCGCAACUCUACGAGUCGGCCUCAAGCGCCGCCGGACCCCCCUCGCCAGAGCCGUCAGCCUCCUCCGAACUGAGCGACGACAACUCGCCCUCCGAGGAAGACGAGGAGGACCUUGCCGGACCCGCUUGGGUCGUCAGGCCUCAAACUUUGAGGACCGAAGCGAACCUUAGCAUGUCGCUCAGCUGCGACGCCACCCCGCUGUCGCCCCUCGACGAGGCGAGCUUCUGCUUCGGGGAGCACUGCGGCGACUUUCGGGGAGUUUUAGAAGCGGGCCGACGCCAGAGUGCACCCGAACAGGACCUGCGAGCGCAGGCGAACUGCGACGAGAGCGCUCUCGCCCCCACGAGGUUCGGAAUUGUUCACUUCUUCACCAGGAGCCUGUUCCCUCGGAGAGCCAAAGAAUCCACGCCGCCGUCCCACAAUGCACCAGGUUGGCGACUGUUCGGCAAGCCCAGAGAGGAUGCCGGCAAAGACGGAGGAGGACCCGGCGCCUCGUGCUCCGCCGAGCAGGUGUCUCCUCAGCGCCCCCCAGCGGCGGGACGGAGGAAGAACCUGGACUUCGAGCCCCUCUCCACCACAGCGCUCAUCUUGGAGGACCGCCCGCCGAACCUUCCUGCCAAAUCUGAGGAGGAAACACAAAGACACAAACUCGAGUACGAGGAGAUGGUGGCUGGGGCCAAGAGGAGAGAGUUAAAGGACGCCCAGAAGAAGAAGCGUCAGAUGAAGGAGCGACAUCGACACGAGGACAGCAUCUCCAACGCCAUGGUUGUCUGGAACACGCACAUCCUACCCAACUGGGACGCCAUGAAGGCCACGCGUCGUGUGAGGGAGUUGUGGUGGCAAGGCCUUCCUCCCAGCGUGAGAGGGCGCGUGUGGAGCCUCGCCAUCGGAAACGAGCUCAACAUCACAGCGGAGCUGUAUGACAUCUUCCUGUGUCGCGCCAAAGAGAAAUGGAGGAGCUACAGCGAGACCAGCUCAGUCAACAACGACAGCGAGAGCGACGGCGGCGCCUCGCUCGCCGACAGAGAGUCCAGUCUGGACCUCAUCAAGCUGGACAUCUCCAGAACCUUCCCCUCGCUCUUCAUAUUCCAGAAGGGUGGUCCCUACCACGACGUCCUUCACAGCGUCUUGGGAGCGUACACGUGCUACCGACCCGACAUCGGAUAUGUUCAGGGAAUGUCCUUCAUCGCCGCCGUCCUCAUCCUCAACCUGGAGGAGGCCGACGCCUUUGUCACCUUUGCCAACUUGCUCAACAAACCGUGCCAGAUGGCCUUCUUCCGCGUUGACCACGACCUGAUGCUGAAGUAUUUCGCCGUGUUCGAGGUGUUCUUCGAGGAGAACCUCCCGCGCCUCUUCAACCACUUCAGGAGCAACAAGCUGACGCCCGACCUCUACUUGAUCGACUGGAUCUUCACGCUGUACAGCAAGUCCCUCCCGUUGGACGUUGCGUGCCGCGUGUGGGACGUGUUCUGUCGCGACGGCGAGGAGAGCCUGUUCCGGACCGGCUUGGGUAUUUUGCGCCUGUUCCAGGAUGUCUUACUGCAGAUGGACUUCAUCCGCAUGGCGCAGUUCCUCAGCCGGCUGCCCGAAGACCUUCAGGCGCACGCGCUCUUCGCCGCCAUGGCCGCCACGCACAUGAUCAGCAGGAGCCGCCGCUGGGCUCAGGUCUUCUCGUCGCUGCUGAAGGACAAAAACAAAGAGACGGACAACAGCGGAAGCCCGGCCCUCAGAAGCUAACGCUAGCCAUGCGGCAGCGUCAUCACCGUCCAUUCCAUCCGGCGUGACGCCCACAUCCCCCCAGUCUUCUCCCCUAACAUUUCGACAGCUUCCUCUUGGACAUUUUUGGUCAAUCAUUGAGGAAGUGAAAGUUUUUUGCUCUGGGCCCGUGAAGUGGGUCAAAGGCAAAAAUGGACUUGCUUAAGUGAUACGCACAAACCGCAACGAAAGUUGAGAGGCAACAUGAGUGUGUUUUGUUUUUUUCCCCUCUGCAAACGCAUAACUCCCACUUGAGGGUCCUGCGUGUAACUUGAGUGAGUCGCCCCGCACUCCCUGACUGUGGCUGCGACUUCCGAGAGCGCCUGCAUUGCUUUGAAAAGUUUUGGUUGGCUGGCAGCACCAUCGCGUCUCCAAAAGUGUCAUGCUCAAGAAAACAAAAACACCAAGACGUUUUCAACACUUUAUAAUGGAUCGAUUAAUCUACAAUAUCAAAAUUAAUCAACAGUUAUUUUGAUCAUUGACUUAAAUGUCCAAAUAAUCUGAUUUCAGCCUCUCAACAGGAAAUACAUUUCCGAUUUCUGUCAUCCUCCCCGAAAGCAGAUUUAGAUUCUCUUUGGAGUUUCGUUAAAACGGGUCAUUUGCAACCAUCGAUGUUUCCGUUGGAAAACUAGCAACCUUUUUGCCAAUUUUCUGUUACAAACCAAACCAGGAACUGAAGCAAUCAACUCAUGGGCACCAAAAAAAAAGUUUUGAAUCGAUGUCAAAAAGAGCUUUGCAGUUGCAACAUGAUCAACCUUUUCACCAAAUAAUCAACAAUCAUGCUAAAUUACCAGUGAUGGUAAAAAAUGAUUUCGCAGUAACCUUCAAUGCAAAGUGUUCUUACUCGAUUAUCCAAUUAAUCGGUGAAAUGAUAGAUAUAAUGAUAGAAUAACCGAUUCUUAAAAUAUUUGACACCUGCAGCCCUUCUGUAUGUGAUUAAAAUGGACCAAAGGUGGACGCAGAACAUUUUUGCAGUUGGCUGUAUUGUGCAUGUGUGACUGACUUAGUCGCACACGCAAGCUGCAAAAGACGCAGAUGCCGUUCGCUAGAUGCCGCUGCCGCUUACUCGGUUCAGCGUGCAAGAUGUGCCUGACGUCAAAGCAGAAAACCCGUUCAUGCGGUCUACAAGGUUCCCUAGUUCCAUUGUCAUGUUACUUUUUUGACACGCUGACCAAAACUCCCCCCAAAGUGUCAGCGUGGGCCUCCUGAGAAAAGUUGAAAGUGACCGUGGAGCAAAGCGGACGAUGUGGUCCUCCGUGACUUUGUGACCGUUUCCCGAGUAACAAGCGCUCUGUGGGUGCAAAGCCGUCGCCAAGACUCUCUGGCCAACCAACAAAGACAACCUCCGAAUCAGUCCAAGUGAUUGUUGUUACACUCCCGACCAGCAGGGGCAGCAUUCCAUUGAAAUCCUGACCUGUUGUCUGUCGCCCAUUUCAAUCAAGCAUUGAGAUUGAUUUGAACGUUUGGAUGUUUUUUUCACAAAACGUUGUGGAUUCAUGUUACACAAAACAGUUUUAUUUGAAUGUGCUUUUUUUUCUAUAUCAAGAUGCUUUUCAGCCUUGUUUUAUUGUAACAUUUUUAAUGUACAGUUUUUUUCCCCCCCAAUGGCUUCCAGGUAAUGUAAAUAAAGCGUAAGGGGGCAGGGGGAGCUUUUCAUAAAUGGCCACAAGUUAAACAUGUAAAUAAAUAAAUAAUGUGUCCAUCAGU